AUGGUGGGGGAGCGGCACGAGAUUAGUGGCCGCAUCCCGGUGUCCCAGUCACAACGUACGGCUCUGCUCACCGGGGGUUUGCCUGCCGCCCCCCGGCAAGACGCUAGGUUUCUGUCCGUCCCUGAGCUCGCCUUAGGACACGUGCAUUACGCUUUAACCGGUGCACCGCCCCAGCCAAACUCCCCACCUGUCGCUGUCCCCGGAGCAGCUUGCAAGGCUCUCUGCGGGAGUAUGGACCACGGCAGCGCCUGCUUUGGAGCCAGAAAACGGAGCCUAGAGCUGGUCCUCUAUUACCUAGAGGCCAUUGUGAUUCUGGAGCAUGCCCAGCGGCCUGGAGUUGUUGAGCACAUGACUGUCACGGAAUGGAUCAGCCGAAGGAGAGAUGACACUCGUCCUGGUUUCGUUGUGGUGGCAGUAAAGGAGCAUAAGACUGCUGCCACUCAGGUGGCCACCUUUGUUCUUACCCAGGAACAGGAGAUGGUAAGAUGCUUAAUCUUUGAUAUAGUUAUUGGUUCGAUCUCUACUUCUGCAAACCUUCCAGAUGCUGCAUCCAUCGUUCAGCAGUGGAAGCCAUCUGGGGGCAUCGAUGUUGCAAUGGACAGUGUUGUGCUGCAGAAGUUUUGCAGGACGCAGAGGUGGAAGAGACUUGCGGUGGCAGAUAUAGAGGGGAAGGGCAGGGGAGUGUUAGUGACAAGGCCUUUUGCCUUGGGGGAAGUUGUGUGCGACUACCACGGUAAAGUGGUGUCGAGGCAGGAGGGCUUAGCGACCCAUACAGCGACAGCAGAGAAAGAGAGUGGGUACAUGUUUUUUUAUAAUUCUGGACAGGUAGCCCGGUGUAUUGACGCUCAUGAGGAAGAGUGUCCGUGCCAUCCAGGAAUGUGCACAUUUGGCCGUUUAAUUAAUCAUUCCUCAAAGAAGGCAAAUUUACGACCACGGUUGUAUAGUGUAGAUGGCAAAGAUGUAAUCCUCUUCAUUGCCAUACGCAAUAUUAAAGUCCAAGAGGAGCUCCUGUUUGAUUACGGCGUCAACAGGAAGUCUUUUGCUGGGGAGGGGUUAGAUUUAGUUGUUUGGCUGUAGUCCCUGCAGCAAAAAUCUGAGUUUAAUUGAAAAUGUAAAUAAAUAUGUAGAUAGAAAUGUAAAUAUUAGGGUUAGUUAGGAUAAGAGAUAGGAUUAGGGUUAGGCUAAGUUAUAUAUGUAAUAUGUGUAAUAUAUUUUCACAAAGCUUUAUCUGUAUGUACUUCUUCUGUAUGUACUUGCAAAACUUCUGCAAACUUCAAUAAACUGAUUGUUUCCUGAUA